UAGUGUAAAAUGUAAAAGGUAAUGUCGUCCGUGUUUUCGCUUAUUUGUGAAGUGUUUACCAAUAUUCGAUAAGAUACGCGCUCUGGCGAAUUCAGGGCAAAUUCUAGUAUGCCCGGUCAAUCGAGUGGAAAGCGGACCCAUCGGCGGUGAAAUUAUCGGCGCCUUUCUGCUCUGGCCGUGUGGUUUGUUGCAAAUCAGUCGAGGAUGGAUUUUAGAUGCAUGGGAGAUGAGAAGUGACAGGCAGCUGCCUAUCGAACAUAUGUUGCAGAGAGAGGAUCCGGAAUAUUGGCAUACGAUUUAAUUUCUUCGAAUUAACAUGGCGAAAGAGUAUGAUUAUUUGCUGAAAGUUCUUUUGGUGGGUGACAGCGAUGUCGGUAAACAAGAGAUACUUUCUGGAUUGGACGACGGGUCUACGGAAAGUCCCUUUUGCAGUGGAAGCGGAACGGCGCACAAAACAACAACCAUUUUGCUGGACGGCAAACGCGUUAAGCUGCAAAUCUGGGAUACGUCUGGGCAAGGUAGAUUUUGUACGAUCAUUCGUUCGUAUUCGCGCGGCGCUCAAGGCAUCAUACUGGUGUAUGAUAUUACCAACAAAUGGAGCUUCGACGGACUAAAUCGGUGGCUGAAGGAGGUUGAGGAGCAUGCACCGGGCGUCCCGAAGGUGCUGGUCGGCAAUCGGCUACAUUUAGCAUUCAAGCGACAAGUGGCGGCCAAGCAGGCCGAGCUGUACGCCUCAAGGAACAAGAUGGCCUGCUUCGAGAUAUCGCCGCUGUGUGAUUUCAACAUACGCGAAUCAUUUUGCGAACUCGCUAGAAUGGCUCUGCACCGGAACGGCAUGGAACGCAUCUGGCGAUCAAACAAAGUAUUAUCGCUACAGGAGCUGUGCUGUCGAAGCAUCUGCAGGCGAACGAAUGUAUAUACUAUAGAUAGUCUUCCCUUACCACCGUCAGUUAAACUGUAUCUCAGAUCGUACGCGUUAACAUCAUCUCAAUGUUUGAACACGGUACUAAAUAACUCGGCAUCCAUAGCUAAGAAUCUCAAAUGUAAAACGGCUACGUCGUACCAUUUGAAGCACAAUGUGAAAAAUGGGUGCAUAAUUUCCUGAUUAGCACAGGACAACCUAUCCAAUUCAUUUGUCAAUGCCUACUGUCUGAUUUCGCACACCAUCAGUCCUUUUACUACGUUCAACAGAAUUUUGGUGUACAUAACAUACCUUCUCGCGGUAACGACGAGAACAAACAGGUUUUGUAGGUUCAUAAGCUUUUCUUCUCUCUUUGGAUAUGUUUAACGCGUAAAAAGUCAUGAUGUUUUCCAAAUACUAAACCCAAAUAUGUGUGUAUGCCGUGGCCUAAUUAUACUGUUUUUCAUUAGGGAUUUCGUAUUUAAGCAUUAAGAACGAAUGAACCAAAUACUAAUACUAAUAUGUACUACCGUUGCUGCUAACAUAUGGCAGCAGUUGAGAUGCGCGGUUUGCAAGCGUGUAUGUAAAAAUGCGGUGUGUAAAUAGAGUAAGGUUUAAGAAGAAUCACAGGAGUAAAACGAGAAAGCUUGCAAAGCUACUCUGUAAUCGACAGGUGGUUAAUGAUGGUUUAGUUUUGUAGUAGCAUAAGUCGUUUUCGCGAGAGGAAACAAAUAUCGCUGAGCAGUCAGCAAUUAGGGAGGAACGUUUUCAAAGGCAAUUUAAAUGAAUAACCAACUAACCUGAGUUUACAAACUGAAUGGAAACUAAGACAGAUCAAAAACCACCACCUCAAAGUGCAGAUUUUAAGAACUCGCGAAGCGAAACGUUUGCAUUUUAUUCACAAAAUAGGAUGUCAGUUUGGUUUUACUAUAUCCUGUCACAAAAUCACACUCAACGUACUGACUAAUGAUAUUGGGGCGGUAAUUGCCUUGCAUAAGUAUCACCCAAUGUACACCCGUACCCUGAUUUUAGCAUUGAAAAACAUGGGAAGAAUUUCUAAUUAUAAUAUUUCCAUACUUUCCAUGUACCUCGAUGGAUUGCGCAAUGAAAAGUAGCGCUUUUCAAUCAAUGUUUUGGCAAAGCGCUUUGAAUAUGUCCAUUUUAGAAUCGUCGGACUUACAAUGUAUUUUCUAACCGAUAAGUCGUCAUUGAGUCAUUUGAGUGGCUGUUUCGUGCGCGAUAGGGUUUAGAGAACGUAUUUAAGAACUCCUAGGCAAUUUUUUUUUGGUACGGAACACUUUUCCCAUAAGAUGUAACCUAAAACCAGAUUUAUGAUCGCCUGGUUACAGGACAGGUUAAGGAUGAUUUUGGUCCUGGCAGUUUCUGGAGUUGUCUAGUGACUAGCUGUUUAUUGAUUUUCUGAAGGGUGAAACUGAGACGCUCUGAAUCUGUGAUGUUUUUUACCAGUUCAGACAUGUCAACUGCUCCUAGUUUAGCCCAAAAAUGCAAAAUAGUGUUACUUAAACAGGAUAAAAUACGAUAGUUACAUAAAACGCUCAACCAGCAGAGCAUAGAUACAUCGAUGCUCGGUAGAUGAUUAAAUAUCCAGAAUAGGAGUGCUUAUGUUCUCACAGUUCUGAGUUCUGAGAGUUCAGAGAUGGAUUUGAAUGAUGGAUUAGUGAUGUUCGAUGGAAUCGGUCAGCCUCUUCCUGUUUUAGGUAAAAAAAAAACAAGGUCCCAUUAUCCUUCAUUAUCAUUAUCCAGUCGUCUGUCGUUAUUCUAACAUUGGCCACCGUACACAAGGUAAAGUACGAUUGUGGUGUUACAAAUAAAAGCUAUUCAUCCUUGUACACGUAAAUUAAGCACUAAUCUACGAUCAAUCUUUGCUGAUCAUCCAUUUGAUGAUAAUAAAAUAAUAAUCGAAAAUAAAUU